AUGGGCGGCGGGACGCGCCUCGCCGCGGCCACGCUCUGGGCGCCCCUGGGGCUGCUCCUGACGCUGGCCCCGCCGCCGGCCCGGGGCUCCCGUCCGCACCGGGACUACUGCGUGGUGGGCGCGGGGCCCGCGGGCCUGCAGAUGGCCGCCUUCCUGCAGCGCGCCGGCAGGGACUACGCCGUGUUCGAGCGGGCGGCCGCGCCGGGCAGCUUCUUCACGCGCUACCCGCGGCACCGCAAGCUCAUCAGCAUCAACAAGCGCUACACCGGCAAGGCCAACGCCGAGUUCAACCUCCGCCACGACUGGAACUCCCUGCUCAGCCACGACCCGCGCCUGCUCUUCAGACACUACUCGCGAGCCUACUUCCCCGACGCCGGCGACAUGGUGCGCUACCUGCGCGACUUCGCCGACCGCCUGCGGCUCCGCGUGCGGUACAACACCACCAUCGCCCACGUCGGCCUGCACAGGGACUCCCGCGCCUGGAAUGGCCACUACUUCAUCCUGACCGACCAGCACGGCCAGGCAUACCAGUGCAGCGUCCUCCUUGUAGCUACAGGUUUGUCGGUUCCCAACCAGCUGGACUUCCCCGGCUCCGAAUUUGUGGAGGGUUAUGAGUCCGUGUCCACAGACCCUGAGGACUUCGUGGGUCAGAACGUGCUGAUCCUGGGCCACGGGAACUCUGCCUUUGAGACAGCAGAGAACAUCUUGGGGGUCACAAACUUUGUCCACAUGCUGAGCCGCUCCCGGGUGCGGCUCUCCUGGGCCACCCACUAUGUCGGAGACGUCAGAGCCAUCAACAACGGCCUGCUGGACACCUACCAGCUGAAGUCCCUGGACGGGCUUCUGGAGUCCGACCUGGAGGACCUGGCCUUCGUGAAGGACCGCGCCGGCAAGCUCCACAUCACCCUGAAGUUCUUCCUGGAGGAAGCCAAUGCCAACCAGAGUGCCGACUCCAUCACCCUCCCCCAGGACGACAGUGACAACUUCGCCAUGCGGGUGGCCUACGACCGAGUCAUCCGCUGCCUGGGCUGGAGAUUUGACUUCUCCAUUUUCAACCAGUCCCUCAGACUCUCCUCCGGGAGUGAGUUUGGCAAGAAGUACCCGUUGAUCAGAGCUAGCUACGAGUCCAAAGGAACCCGAGGUCUCUUUAUCCUGGGGACCGCCAGCCACUCGGUGGACUACCGGAAAUCCGCGGGGGGCUUCAUCCAUGGAUUCCGAUACACAGCGCGUGCCGUCCACCGGCUCCUGGAACAUCGCCACCAUGGUGUCGCCUGGCCGUCCACGGAGCACCCCAUCACACAGCUGACCAGCUCCAUCGUCCGGCGCGUGAACGAGGCUUCUGGGCUGUACCAGAUGUUCGGGGUGCUGGCUGACAUCAUCCUGCUGAACGAGAACGCCACAGCAUUUGAGUACCUGGAGGAGUUCCCCGUGCAGAUGCUGGCGCAGCUGGAGACCCUCACGGGGAGGAGGGCACGGCAUGGGCUCUUCGUCAUCAACAUGGAGUAUGGCAAAAACUUCUCUGGGCCAGAGAAGGACGUCUUCUUCUAUGACCGGUCCGUGGGGGACACAGAAGAUGCCUGGCAGUCUAACUUCCUCCACCCGGUCCUCUAUUACUACAGACGCCUCCCCACCGAGCAGGAUGUGCGUUUCCGCCCGGCGCACUGGCCCCUGCCCCGGCCAGCAGCCAUCCACCACAUCGUGGAGGACUUCCUCACCGACUGGACCGCGCCGGUCGGCCACAUCCUCCCUCUGAGGCGCUUCCUGGAAAACUGUCUGAACACCGAUCUGCGGAGCUUCUACGCAGAAUCCUGUUUCCUGUUCAGCCUGACGCGCCGGAAGCUGCCCCCCUCCUGCCAGCUCGGGUACCUGCGCAUGCAGGGGCUGGCCAGCACUGAAAGCCUCCGGCAGCACGGGGUGGACAGCGGGAUUCUGCAGGACUAUGACUCCGUGGGCCAGCACUGGGAGGGCGGCAGCCAACUGCCUGGCAAGCCUGGGCUCAGCAGUCGCCCCCUGGCGCCAGGGCCUCUGGACCAGUCCCUUGACAGCAACAGGGAGGAACUCUGACUGUGUCCUCGGGACGUGGCAGCCUGGCGUCUGCCCAUCACAGGGGGACCCAGGACCACUCAGCCCUCAUUGGGACUGCACCAGAGCUAAAUGGCAGGGCAUGAAGGCUGGGGUGUGGCCGUGUACUAGUCCCCUCUUGUCCUGGUUCCUGGGGGGUAGGACCGGGGUCCAGCAAAAAGGCAUGCUAUGCCAGGUGUGAACUACCUUCCACAGCUGGCUGAACAGGAUGGUCCCUGGG